AUGGCACCUCUCUUUAAUGUCACAGAGUUUAUUCUGACAGGUCUGUCCCAGAAUGAAAUGGUACAGCAAGUAUGCUUCUUACUCUUCUUACUUUUUUACACAAUCAUCAUCUUUGGGAACUUUCUCAUCAUCCUGACCAUCACUGUCAGUCCAAAUCUCAACUCUCCCAUGUACUUCUUCCUCUGUUUUUUAUCUUUUGUUGAUAUUUGUGUCUCUUCUGUCACUUCCCCAAAAUUGAUCAUAGACUUCCAAGCCAAGGUCAAGACCAUCUCCUUUGUAGGUUGCAUGGCUCAGCUCUUUGGUCUCCAUUUCUUUGGCUGCACUGAAAUCUUCAUCCUCACAGUAAUGGCCUAUGAUCGGUAUGUGGCCAUCUGUAAACCCCUGUAUUAUACAACCAUUAUGGACCAGAGGGUAUGUAUCAUAUUGAUGGUGAGUUCUUGGGCAGGGGGCUUUAUUCAUUCUCUUAUACAGACCCUUCUCACUGUGUGGCUGCCCUUCUGUGGCCCCAACCUGAUUGACCAUUACUUCUGUGAUGUCCAUCCCCUCUUGAAGCUGGCCUGCACAGACACUUAUGUAGUGGGUAUCAUUGUGGUGGCCAAUAGUGGCAUGAUAUCCUUGAGCUGCUUCAUCAUUCUUGUGGGCUCCUAUGCUGUCAUACUGUUCUCCCUCAGGACCCAUUCCUCAGAGGGUCGGCGUAAGGCUCUCUCUACCUGUGCUUCCCAUAUCAUGGUGGUCAUUUUAUUGUUUGGACCCUGCAUCUUUAUCUACAUGCGGCCCUCAACCACCUUCACAGAAGAUAAGAUGGUAGCUGUGUUCUAUACCAUCAUAACCCCCAUGCUGAACCCACUUAUCUACACUCUGAGGAAUGCAGAUGUGAAGAAUGCCAUGAAGAAGCGGUGGAACAAGAAAGUGAUGGAAGAGACAAGUAAAGACCCUAAAUGA